GGCCCUGGGGAGAGGGAUGGCCGGGCCCAGCCUUAGAGUGACUGUUGUGAGACCCCGAGGGUCCGGGAGAUGGCGACCCUCAGACGGCCAACCAGGCAGCUACGUGACUCCAGGUGGGCACUUCGGUGGGCUGUGGGAGCCCGGCAUCUCUCCCAGGCCCGCUCCGCUCCCUCCAAGAACACCAAGGAUGGCUGGGCAGCCUGCGGAGCAGGGGGGAGGCGCCUCCUCCAGCCUGGAGCAGCUGGGCAGCGACUUGGGGCAGGAACUCAAGGUGCAUGACCCCUCCUGGACCAUCUCCUGGCCCUCCUUCAUGUGGAGCAGUGACGUCCUGGAGGCCACAGAGUCUGGGCUGAUGCCUGAGGGAGCUGACGGCAAGCUCUCCUCUGGCUCCUUCGUGUCUCCCGACAGCCCGCAGUGCCAGUCAGAGCUCCUGGAUCCAAGAGUGCUGAGGCUGCUGCUGGCCCAGAGGGAGCUGGAAAUUCAAGGCCUUCGGAAGGCUGCCCAGUGUGGCCCCGGGAAACGAAUGACGUACAUCCUGCAUGAGCUGACCGACGCCAAGCCCGAGAGGACCUCCCGGGAGCAGAUCAAAGCCUUGCAGCAACAGAUUGAGAAGAUGACUCAGGAGCUGAGGGGCCAGAAGGAGCAAGCCUGUCAGGAGAAGGUGGAGCUGGAGAAUCAGCUGCAAGAGGCCCAGGCCACCCUGCGGCGCCUGGAGGAUGAGCUGCAGUCUUUCCAGAGAUCCUGCCUCUUGCACCUGGCAAGAUCUUCCUGGGCUGGCCGAGUGCUGCGCUCCCAGACCGGCAGUGUGGAGGUGGUGACAGCAGAAGCCCUGAUGAUGGAUUUGAGUGACGAGUCACUGGAUCAGAGCCCUCCUGAGGGGCAUCACUUCCGCCUGGAGGACGUGGAUUGGAACAGCAUAGCUCAGCGUUAUCCCAACCUGUUUGAGGACAUACACAGGAAGAACAGGCCCACCUCUGCCCAUGUCCUGGACUCCCCAGACCACCCUGUGCCCCAACGGGAGAAGUCUCACUGCCGAGAUAAGAGCGUAGACUGGAGUCUGCUACCCUGUAGCUCCCUCAGCUCCACAGCCAUGACCACGGAGGGGGUCUCCACUGGCCACUCCAGUGUCCCCUCAUCUGUAGGCACUGACUCGAGCCCCUCCUUCACCUCUCAGAGCCAGGAGCAGGUUGGCAGCUCUGGGGCCCUCCCCGCCCUGGAGCUCAGGAGGCCCCGGGCACGCGUGGACAGCAGCAGCAGCAGCAGCAGCCGCAGCCUCGGGGCCGCCGUGGUUGGCAUCGGCCUGGCGAGACCAGGCUCCGUCGCCAGCUCCCACCAAGACCACGGGAGGAAGAUCUUUGACUCCUCCCUAAAGAUAGUGAAGAUUGACAAGCACGGCAAGUUUAUCCGCGUCCUCAACGAGUCCCUGGAGGAGAGCGUGGACAUCAGCGGCUUUGUCCUCGAGCAGCUCAUCCAUCACUUCCCUGUGUGCGUCUACCGCUUUCCCAAGGACACUCUGCUGGCCCCACAGCAUCACGUCACGAUCGUUGUGUGGGAAGCAAAGGAAACAUCCGAUAGAAGGAGACAGGGAGAAGCCUCGAAGGUCCAACUAAGUGUCCCUGAUGUGGAAGGAAGCCUGGUGGAGAGCGGUCUGGUGUGGGGUGAAGGGGUCAGUCUGACGAGGAAGCGCAUGCCCCAGACACUGCAAAGGGAGCUGAUUCAUUUCUACACCAACCCUGGCUGUGUUACCCUCUUGUUGAACCCCGAGGGGCAGGUGAUGAGCCAGUAUCAGGCACGACACUGUGUGACCGAGGUCUCCAAGUCCUUCACUGAUCACACGGACGUGUCUGUCGACUGCUUCCCCCUUACGGAGGCUGAGAGAGAGAGGCCCCAGGAGGUCCCAGGCCUUGGGAGCAAGAGCCACCGCUGGCAUUCCCGGGCACGAAAGAAGACCAAGGUCCCAGGGCCUCCCCGGGCCCUGGAGGGCCAACCUGGGCCCCACCGAUGCAGGCCCCUGAAUCUCAUCCCCAGCAUCAACGUAUCCAAGAGCUUCAGCCAGCGGGAGCCUAAAGAGGCUGUGGCCUAUAAGGAGUCUCUUCAUGGUGUCAUGGUGCCGCUCCCCAGUAUUCCAGAGCUAGCACAGUUGCCAGACAUUGGCAAGAAGAUGCAGGAGAAGUGCAUUCCUAGAGCAAACCAGUUCCUGCCACCACGGAUCUGCAGGAAGUUUGUAGAUGUUGACUGUCCCAUGGUGGCCCUGAGCGUGCAGAAGACUGCUGAGAGCCGAUUUGGGCUGAAGCAGCUGAGUUACCCUCCCAUCACCAAAGAGCUGCGGGAGCCUCUGUGAGGGGGGCGGGGCGGGGCCACAGACAUAUUCCACAAUACAUAUGCCUCAAGUAGCUGAGUGACCGGCUGGCUUGGACGGGAGGCUGCCUGUGAUUUGGGGGGGGGGGUGCGGCGUGUGUGCCUCUGUGAGGAAU